UCUUUUUCCAAUAUCUACAGGCAAAAAUAGUAUAGGACUCUUUAAUUUUAUUUCAUUUCAUUAAUCAUCCAUCAAAAUGUUGUUUUAACGAAUAUGCUUAUCAAAUUAAUCACAUUUUACUUUAAAUGUAUUAUAAUCUCGAUGUUUUCUUUAGACAUCGGCUUUGUAGUAAUUUUCACGUUUUGUUGCACUUUAACGGAAAAAUAACUGCCAGUUAAUCUAAAAAGUAAGAUAUCUGAAAUCCCACCAUGUGGCUCUGAUUAUUAUCCGCUGUCACGACCGAGAAGCUGCCUCAGACCAGACUUUGACUCCUUGUUUUUUUAGAUGCUAAUUAAGACGGAUAGUGACGUGUAGGCUACUUUAUUUUCGGAGAAAAAUCAUUUUUUCUCUCUCUCUCUCUCUUUCCUUCUUUUUUCCUUUUGUUGUCAGGAGUCUUGUCUAGCCGAACCGACCGGAGUGGAGCUUUUGGACGGACUUCACUUGCACUGAUAAUUAUUUUUCUUUGUUUUUGUUAUUUUGGGGUUUAUUUUUUGUUUGUUUGUUUGUUUUUGUUCCUUACGAAAACUAGGAGAUUUAAUCCUGCAGCAUGUACUCGAGCUUGGCCAUACCUUCUAACCCAUCCCCGUACGGCCACGACUCCGGGAACUACGUGCACGCACCGGCCAGCUCUCCCGUGUAUGUGCCCAGCACUCGUGUGCCCGCCGCCGUGUUGCAGUCGCUGCCCUACCUGCAGCCGUGCGAACCCACGCACCAGACGCACGCGCUCACGGGCCACCAUCACGCAUGGCCACCGCAAUCUGCUGCUGACGGCUCGUCGUUUGGCGCUGGAAGCCCGCAUGCUCACGCGCCCUCCGCCACUUUCUCCUACACACACAGUCCGCCUGCGACCGGCGGUGGUAGCUGUGGCGCCCGCGACCCUGCGUCCUAUCAGAGUGCACUGGCGUUGAGUGGCGGCGCGCGCGGCUCCGACCAGUACGGUGGUGCUCUGAUGCGCUCCAUGGGCGCUUCUUAUUCGAGCCCAUACGCGUACAUGGGCCCCGACGUGAGCGGAUCAUGGGCGCCUGGUCAUUUCGACAGCGGUGUGAUCGGACUACAGGGACGCCAGGGAACUCUGACGGGCAGAAGGUCUGCUCUAGAUGUGUUGGAUGAAAUGGCAGUGGAGGGACGCGAGUGUGUGAACUGCGGCUCCAUCUCAACUCCGCUGUGGAGACGCGACGGAACCGGCCAUUACCUGUGCAAUGCCUGCGGCCUCUACCACAAGAUGAACGGCAUCAAUCGGCCUCUCAUCAAACCCCAGAAACGACUGCAGACUACGUCCCGGCGGGCAGGCCUGUGUUGCACUAACUGUCAUACCAGCACGACCACACUGUGGAGGAGAAAUGCAGAGGGGGAGCCUGUAUGUAAUGCCUGUGGCCUCUACAUGAAGCUUCACGGGGUACCCAGGCCACUAGCUAUGAAGAAAGAAAGCAUUCAGACAAGGAAACGCAAACCCAAGAUACCUAAAACUAAGGCUUCAGGGUCUUCUGUGUCCGGCACUACCUCUCCUACCUCUCAUCCCAUUUCAGAGAAUGCUUCAACAAUAAAAAGUGAACCCAAUAUUGCUGCCUCACCAUACGCUGGUCAAACGGUUGUGUCUGUCACACAGGCUUCAACACCGUUAAGCAGCACAAACUCGGGCCAUGUGGACAUCAAAUACGAGGACUACCCUUUCACGCCGACAUCCAUCGCCCCACAGAACACCUGGUGCGCACUGUCCCAAGCAUGAUGCAGCCUGAGACAAUGCCAUUUCUGAAAAUCACCCCAGUGCAAUCUAGGAAAAAGACUUUAUGACGAGAACUACCUAUUACACAGCCAACACUAACAAGCAAAAACAAACUCUGAUGGAUGCCAUUCGAUGGGAAUAUAUGAACUGAUAAUACAGUUUGUACAGCACGUAACCAAUACUUCAUUGUCCGGUUGUUCAGUGUAAAUUUCAGGUCAUACCUGUUCACAUUUGUGGUGUAAGCUACAACAGACAACUCAACAAGUUAUUACAGAGUUGUUGGGUUUUUUUUUUUUUUUUACUUAGAACCAAAAUGAAGUACAAAAUCAAAAUGCACAUUAUAUAAAAAAAAAAACAAUGUUUCAUAAUAUGCUUCUUCACAAAUGAUUAACUUUUAAGAUACAUUAUUUAUGUUGAGAUAGGAGCAGUCCAGACAAACUGAGUUAUUCAAUAUAUUGUUUCUUUUUUCCUGGCAGGGAAUAUGUUUUAUGGUCAUAAUGUCAUUUGAGCACGCACACGCACACACACACACACACAAACACACACGCACACAAACAGGCUUUUAAAGGUUCCUCAUUGUUUCUACUGAUUCAUAAUGCUGUCCAUUAAUCUGAAGUGCAAUGGCUCACUUUUCCGAAGCUUUUGAAAAGGGACACGAUUAUUUUAAUUAUUUUAAGAGUUUGUUUUGAUCUCUUCAAAUAUAUUAACCUUAAUUUUAUUUCUGCUGUACUUUGUUGAUAUCUAAUGGAAUUACACCUUUGUUUUAUUGAACAUAAAACUCAGUAUGAGA